CACAAUUAGGUAAUAAGAAUUUAACGAUUACAGCAGGCCAAUUUCCUAUAAAUGGCAUCAAUUCAAAUAACAUUAGUUUUAUAAAUAUUCAGGCAUUUCGUCUUAAUAUAAAUAACACUUAUGCAAGUGCUGGAAUAGACAAAAUCUCUCAAAUUUUGAGUUCAUGGAAUGCUUUUGUAAAUAAUUCAAAACUCGUUUUAGGCGUUGAAUUCGGAGGCGUUGUCGAAAUUGUUUCUUCUAGUAAUAUUAAAUCAGACAUCGAGAAUCAACAUCUUCAACCAGUAAAUGGCACAAAUUUUAACUUCCCUUUUACAAAUAAUGAACAGAUCUCAGAUCAAUGUGGAUAUUCAUCAUAUGCAUAUUGGUCAUGGAGAGAUUUAAGUAGUCAAUUAUCAUCAUUUUGUCCUACAAAUUUAAUUUCAUCAUCACAAUGGGCCUAUGGUUUUAUUAGCAAUGCGUCACAACCAUAUCUUUACCAACAAAAUUUGUCUUCAAAAUACUACUAUGUUACUUUCUAUGAAGAUUAUCAAUCGUUAAAUGCUAAACUCGACUAUAUAAAACGUAAUAAUUUAGCAGGAGUUGCGAUCGCAGACAUCACCAAAGAUUCGAAAGAUUUACAAUUGACGAACUUUACUUCGGGAAUUCUACCAAAUAAACCGGGGGAAAAUAAACCUACUGGUACCUCUCCACCCACACCCACAUCAUCUACAUCUCAGUCAUCUCCGCCCAAUACAGGUACAAUAGCGGGUGGUGUAAUAGGCUCCAUUAUUUUUGUUGGCGCAUUAGUAGCUGUUGGCAUCAUAUUGUAUAGAAGAAGGCACAAACCAGGAAAAGUUGUAACAACUGUCAUAGCAAUGUUUGAUUAUGUGGGAAAAGAGACAAAUGAUUUGAGUUUUAAAGCAGGUGAUGUCAUUGAAGUACUUGAGAAAGGAGAUGGGCCUAAUGAUUGGUGGGUGGGUAGAUUACAUGGUGCUGUAGGUGAAUUUCCUG